AUGAAGAGAGCAUCAACCAGUGACAAAGCAAACACUGUCGGACAUCUAUUGACGAAUAAGAAAGAUCAGCUCCCGGAUAGUCAUCAGGUCAAGGUCGCGAUCCUCGGGAGCGGAUAUACGGGAGUUGCGGUUGCCGUAUCUCUACUUUUCAAGCGCAUCGCUUCGGAGCUGGUGCUGAUAGACUCAAACGAGAGUCUUGCGAGGGCAGAGGCCCAAGAUAUCAACCACGCGGGCUCUUUCCUGGGGAACCCGAGGAUCUACGGGACCAAAGAUUACAGUAACGCGAGAGAUGCCGCUGUCUGCGUUAUUGCCGCGGGUGCUAGGCAACAGCCUGAGCAGACACGAGAAGAAUUGCUGAGGAAGAACUUUGAUAUAUUCAGAACCCUUGUUCCCAACGUCUGCAAGUUCGCGCCCAAUUGUGUCCUUGUCGUCGUCUCUAGCCCAGUUGAUGUCCUGUCUUACGUAGCGAUGAAACUCUCCGGGUUCCCGCCAAGCCGCGUGAUCGGUCUCGGAACUUUGCUGGAUAGCUGCAGGUUCAAGUGUUUAAUCAGUCAAAAACUUGGCAUCGCCCCAAGUUCCGUCCAGGCGAUGAUUAUCGGCGAAAACGGAGCCACAUCUGUGGCAGUCUGGUCGGCGGUGUCUGUCAUGGGAAUUAAAUUGAAGGACAUAAACAAAGAGAUAGGGAGCAAGUUCGACCCUGAGGGCUGGAGUGAACUUCAUAAUAAAGUCGUUAGCAGUACUGACGAUUUAAUAAGGAAAAAAGGUUACUGUUGUUGGGGAGUAGGGCUCUGUGUUGCUGAAAUUGUUGACGCGAUCAUUAGGAACACCUGCGUGUGCCUCACUGUUUCUACUUUCCUCAAGGGCUGCAAACAUGGACUCGAGAAGGACUGUUUUAUGUCACUACCCUGCAUAGUCGGCCGCAACGGGGUGCAGUCCUUAAUCCGGCACCAGUACACAGAAGAGGAGCAGAUCCUGACCACGAAAUCCUGCAAGUCGAUCUACGAACUCCAAAAGUCGAUUGUAGACCAAUUAGAAUGAAUGCUACUGAUUACCCAAAUAAAUAAAUAAAUAUUCUUAUAAUUACAAAUAACAAUAUUUACAAAUCAAAACUUAUAAUUCAUGGGAUGUUAGAGGGGGAGGUGUUUUAUUGGUGUAUGUUGAUGUAUCAUCGACAAGCCAGUAUAAACAGCGUGGUUAAAACGAAAGGAUCGCGUGGACAAGCAUGUA